GGGCCCCGCCCCGCCGGUGUCCUUCCGCCCCGCGCGCGGAGCCCGCCGCGUCCCGCAGUUUUGUUCCUUCUUUCCAGAUGGAAAUGUCAGAAGAUGAUCCUAACACGGAAGAAUACCCCACUGAAAUUCAUGAUUAUCUUGCAGCAUUUGAAAAAUCUCUUGGUUCUGUAGAUGAGAUGCUGAAGAUAAUGAUGUCUGUUUCCAGGACUGAGCUUCUCCAAAAGUUAGACCCCCUCGAGCAAGCAAAGCUGGACUUGGUUUCUGUGUACACGUUAAAUUCAAUGUUCUGGGUGUACUUGGCUACUCAGGGAAUCAAUCCAAAGGAACAUCCAGUAAAACAAGAACUGGAAAGAAUAAGAACAUACAUGAACAAGGUCAAAGAAAUAGCAGACAAGAAAAAGGCAUCCAAACUCGAUAAAGGAGCUGCUUCUAGAUUUGUAAGAAAUGCGCUCUGGGAACCAAACGCUGAAAAUGAACAUACCUCCAAAACUCCUGCUAAAGGAAAAAAGAGAAAGAUGGACUAAAUUUUUGUUUCACUUUGUAUCAAUUAGAGACACUUGGAACUUAUUUCAAAACGUGUUUUGCAUAGUGCAUGCAUCUUGCAGGGGUUCUGUACAGAAACAUCUUAAGUUAUACUUAAGAGUUUUACAGGAUUGUAUUAUGUCCGUGACACUUGUCACUGAGGUGAUCACAUGUGUCUGAGAGUGCUGUUUGGUGAAAGAGAAGUAAUGUUUCAUUAUUCAAAUGAUAAUGAGCAGAGAUAUGCUUGCUGGUAAUAGAUACUGGUGAAAUUUUGCUCAGAAUGCCCAAGAAUUCCCUUUUUUUUUUACUGCUGAAUGAUUGACACUUUUUAUAUGUCCUUAAUCUGAUGAAUAUUAAAACGUCUCAAACAAU